AUGGCUUGGCAGGCGCAAAAAGUCAUCUUCGGAGAUACCCCCAAAGGAAGCAUAGCAGGCCGUGCACCCACACACUGCUACCUCCUCGAGGUGAAGUCCUCCACGAACCUGAGCUCCGAGAACAGCUUCUUGAGCGAGGCCUACGUGGAGCUCGUCUGGGCCAAGCUCUCGCUGCAGCAGCGCGUCCUCGAGCUCGGCUACCAUUUCUUCUUCACCUUCACGGAUGUGGACGUCGUGUGGUAUGCGCAAGCGCGACCCGUUCCCGGCACAUCAGCGUGUUUCGCGGACAUGACGACGUCGAGCGACGACGCCAACAGCCUUGACGACAACUGGUCCAACACCGGCUUCUACUACGUCAAGGCGACGAACCGGACCGUGGAGAUGCUGCGGCAGUGGCAGGCUGCGCGGCGGAGGUUCCCGCCGAACCACGGGCAGGCCAUCUUCAACGAGAUCAAGCACGAGCUUGCCGCCGCCCUCGGGGUGCGCAUCCAGUUCCGGCCUCGACACGGCGCGCUUCGCUGGCUUCUGCCGGAUCUUCCACAGCAACAUGGGCGCGGCGUGCACCAUGCACGCCAACUGCUGCUUCGGCCUCGCCAACAAGCUGCACGACCUCAGGGAAGUGCUCGGCCAGUGGAGGAACUACACUGGCCUGAUGCCGCAGGAGAAGAAGAGCCGAAAGUUCUUAUGGAAAAGGAUCCUGCCAAGUGCGAAACGCCGGACAAAAAGAACUGA